AUGAGUAUAGCUUCAUUAGGUACGGCAGCAGUCACUUCAGAGGAGACUCCAGAAAGUAUUAUUACUGUAGCUGGUGGAAGAGGAGUUAAGAGUACUAGAAGUACGGCAGCAGUCACUUCAAAAGAGAGUCCAGAAAGUACUAUUACUACUGUAGCUGGUGGAAGAGGAGUUAAGAGUACUAGAAGUACGGCAACAGUCACUUCAAAAGAGAGUCCAGAAAGUACUAUUACUACUGUAGCUGGUGGAAGAGGAGUUAAGAGUACUAGAAGUACGGCAGCAGUCACUUCAAAAGAGGGUCCAAAAAGUACUGUUACUACUGUAGCUGGUGGACGAGGAGUUAAGAGUACUAGAAGUACGGCAACAGUCACUUCAAAAGAGAGUCCAGAAAGUACUGUUACUACUGUAGCUGGUGGAAGAGGAGUUAAGAGUACUAGAAGUACGGCAGGAAAUAAGGACAAUUUAUACGAAAGUUUUGAGAAACGAAGUGUUCGAUUUGAUUUACUUGCUAGUGAUAGCAUUACUGAGUGCCCAACUUGUGGUGCAGUUUACGGAGAAGAUGAGAGCAUUUGGAUUUGUUGUGAUAACUGUGAUGUGUGGUAUAAUUAUGAAUGCACUGGACUUCAGAAUGAAAUACCAGAUGAAUAUUUUUGUUCAGCCUGUCAGUUUUCUCAUGUUUCUGUAAGCUUUUAACUAUAAUUUUCAUCU